AUGCAAAAAUAAACUUAGUUAACCAAAUUUUUCUCAAAGAAAACUAAGGAAUAGCAGCAAUCUCCUGUCAGAACCAAACUAGAUGAUUAUGUAUGGUUUUGUGCUAAUGUUGUAGUAGAUGUUUUUUUGUACUCCUCCAACAUAAGAAAUUUAAAGUAAAAUAGAAAAUCAAAAUGCAAAAAAGAAAUGCUCCAAUAACUUAGACACAUGGAUUAGGAAAUCCUCCUUGCAAUAAAAAAAGUGGUAAUUUAAUUUUAGUUAUUAAAAAAAGGCCAUUUUUACCAAAAAAUCUGAUGUAUUAGAUUUACAAAUUUUUGUAAUUGAGAGAAUGUGCCACUUGUUCCUAGGUCUGUAAGUUCUGGAUGAUUUGCUAUAAUGAUAUCUAUUUCUCGUACAGUUUCUUUAGGGAAUUCGAGACUUCAAGGUAAUUUUGACUAUUUUAAUUUUUUUGAGAUUUAACGAAAAGGAACUUGCCACCGUGUUGAAGAGAUCAAGUAAACAAUUGAAGCACAUAAAGAAAGUUGGAGAUAUAAUAAAAGGACAAAAAAUCAGUUCAUUUUUGGAGAAGACUGAACUCAGAACAAUGUUAUCUGACAAUUCGCAAUAACAAGGAUCCCUAUUGGAAUUAUUUAAAUUAGAACCAAAAAAACAAUAUACAUCAGUAUUUUUGACAGACAAAGAUUUGAAUAGCAUUUGCAAAGAGAGCUAGUAACAAUAUUGACAUUAACAAUUUUAGCAAAUCACUACAGUACAUACAAUUGAUUAGUUGUCAAUUUAUGACAGGCAAAGGCUUUGAGGUUAUUGGAAAAUGUUCUCAAUUAAGUUUGAUUAAUAUCUAAAGCAAUUGCAAUUUGAAGGAUUAAAAUGUUCAAGUCAUCUUAGAAUAAGUUUAGGAACUCAAGACUUUAAUGCUCUUAAAAUGCGAUGGGUUGACAAAUUAGAUUUUUGAAAUCAUCGGAAAUUACUGUAAGAAGUUAGAAAGGCUGGAUAUUGGAUGUAAUCCAUAAUUGGAUCUAAUCGAAGUAAAACAAAAUAUUAAUGUCCUUUUAGUGCAGUCCUUUAAAGAGGAUUGAGAGUUUGCAAUCACUUUCAAUCAAGGAGAAUGUUGUUAAUAAUGAAGCCUUAGAGAUGAUCACUACCAAUCUCUACAAAUUGCAUAGUCUCAAUCUGGAGGGGUGUUAUGAAAUCAAUGCGUAUUCCCUGAUGUAAAUCUAGAAGCUGAAUUUGCAGAGGGUCAAUUUGAAGAAAAUAUAAUUCAAAGAGGAAGGUAUUAUUUAACUUAUUAUUUAUUAGACAUCUAUAAUUUCGUUCUUACUGCAAAGAGCAUCAAGUUGCUGCUUGUGAAUAAUAAUUUAUUGAGUUCUAGAAUAGAAAAGAUCAUCCAUUCUAGACAAUGAUUA